CUUCGUCUUCAGUAAAUGUUUUUACUAUUAUAUUUAGAGCAGUGAACUAGUUUUUCUUGCAAAUAAAGAAAGCAAAAACAACAAUAAAAACAUUUAAAAUACACAGUAGUGGCUAUAAGAAGAAAGUGAAUUUGUAAUUUAGUAUCAAAAAAAUAAAACAGUGAAAAUGGUGAAAUACUACAACAUGGAGCAUACAACCAACUUCUCCAUCGAUGCCAUACUCGCCAAGAGCACGACGAAGCCGCUGCCGCUGGUGCAAACCCCAGCGCAAACAAACCAAGCGCUUUAUCAGCGCGCUCAACAAGAACAACAACAUGCAACAACAACCCAACAACAACCAAUCCAACAAAACCAGCAAUUGCAACAAAAUUCGAUGCGCAGUUAUCAAACGGAGCAGGCUUACGUGAGUGAUGAUCUGGCCAGCAUCGACAGCUUCGAGACACCGUCGCGCACCUCGACACCCAUGAGCAGUGGCGCCGAUUCGCUCACCUCCGGUGAAGAUAAACUCGACGAAGUCGAGAGUGGUGAAGAUUACGAGGAGGAGGAUGAGGAUAAGGACGCGGACGCAGACGGAAAAACCGACAACAAACACAAAAAACCGACCUACAGCUAUAACGCGCUCAUCAUGAUGGCCAUACAAGACAGUCCCGAACAGCGUUUAACGUUAAGUGGCAUCUAUGAAUACUUGAUAAAUCGCUUUCCCUUCUUCACAAAGAAUAAGCGCGGCUGGCAAAACUCCAUACGCCACAAUUUGAGCCUGAACAAAUGCUUUACGAAAAUUCCGCGCAGCUAUGAUGAUCCCGGCAAAGGCAACUACUGGGUUUUGGACCCCAGCGCCGAAGAGGUUUUCAUCGGUGAGACAACCGGCAAAUUGCGUCGUAAGAAUCCCGGUGCGAGUCGUUCACGUUUGGCUGCCUACCGUCAAGCCAUGUUCUCGCCACUAAUGAGUCCUUAUGGUGCGCCACCAACCAUACCCACCGCUUACCACAACGCACAGCCAUUUGUUGGCGCUGCCGGUUAUAUGGGUGCCGCAGCCGCUGCUGCCGCCGCCCUGUACCAACGCAUGCCCCCACCGUUGGCAGCAGCCGCCGUCUAUCAUCAGGCCGCCAUGUAUGGUGGAGCAGCACAAAUGGCAGCCGCCGCCGCCGCAGCAGGCGGCAUAGCGCCACCACCAACAACACCAAUGACAGCCGCAGCACCACCAACAGGCGCACCUCACUUUCCGUUGGGCUAUAAUCCGGCGGCUUAUGGCGCUAUGCCGACGCUACAAGCACCACACAUGACCAACGAGCUGUUCCAGCGCAUGCAGUUGUUUGGCAAAUUCCCCAGCAGCUAAGCAACGCAACACCACACACACACACACACGCGCUGAGCAGGUGGCAGGCAAGUUCAUUUUGGCCACCAUGUUUCUAGCGGCGGCGGCGUCCAACGCGUUUGGUCGUCGUUCGCACUCCGACGGUCAUUCGAUUGGGUAGCACAGCGACUGCAGGGCAGUUCAAGCAACGUGAGAUGUUAACUAAGUGCCACAGCGGCAAUUCAAUGUGGGUCUAACAAGGUUUUUACGUGCAACUGGGCGGCGAAUAGAGGCCUCCAGUCAAUCAGCGGCUGCUUCGUUGAAAAUGCGCUUAUGGGAGCAAGCUUUCCCAAAGUGUCAAAGAUAGUAUUCAUAUGUCUGAGCGAGAAUUAUAAACAAUAACAAAAAUGCUUUCAAUGUUAUGAAAAAAAUUAUCAAACAAAUUAUCAAAAAAAUGAUCAAAGACAUUAUCAAAAUAGUUGUGACCAGCAGUUUUGCAUUCAAAAAGUUUUAAACAAAAAAUCAUAAUAUUUUAGCAAUAGCAUAACUUUUGCACUUAUGUACAAACAGUAGCAAAAAAGACAUGAAAUGCAAUUAAAAAAAAAAAUAAAAAAACAUCAAAAAAAUUAAAAAUAUUUUUAUUAUUUAUAAUUAUAAGAAAAUAUUUUUUUUAUUAUGGAAAUUUGUAGAAAA